ACCAAAAGUUAAAUGAACUAAAAAGUUAAAAAGCACUCGAGUUGCUUUUUGUUUACUGUUUAAAAAAAGAAAGACAUGAAUCUAAGGAACACGGAUUGUGGAGCAGCCUCUGAGUAAGCUCAGUGUGAGGGGCGCGGCCUCCCCUCCGGCUCCCUGCUGCGGUCUCUGCUCUCUGAGUCUGUACCGGGAGGACCGAGCGCUCCGUCCAUCCACAGCGGCGGAGAUGGCGGACCCCGCAGCGGAGACCACCAUCAAGGUGGUGUGCCGGUUCAGGCCGCUGAACCGCUCGGAGUUGGCCCGGGGAGACAUAUACGUCCCGAAGUUUCAAGGGGAGGACUGUGUGCAAAUGGGGGGUAAACCGUACUACUUUGACCGCGUGUUCCAGUCAGAAACAACCCAGGUGCAAUUCUACAACGCUGUGGCUCAGAAGAUUGUCAGGGAUGUGUUGGAAGGCUACAAUGGGACGAUAUUUGCAUAUGGGCAGACAGCCUCUGGUAAAACGCACACAAUGGAGGGGAAUCUCCAUGACCCAGCCAUGAUGGGAAUCAUUCCCAGAAUUGUUCAAGACAUUUUCAACUACAUUUAUUCCAUGGAUGAGAACCUGGAGUUUCACAUCAAAGUUUCAUAUUUUGAAAUCUAUUUGGACAAAAUUAAGGACUUGUUGGAUGCCACAAAGGUCAACCUCUCGGUGCACGAAGAUAAAAACAGGGUGCCCUAUGUCAAGGGGUGUACAGAGCGUUUCGUGAGCUGUCCCGACGAGGUCAUGGACGCCAUAGACGAAGGCAAAAGCAGCAGACAUGUGGCUGUCACAAACAUGAACGAGCACAGUUCCAGGAGUCACAGCAUCUUCCUCAUCAACAUCAAGCAGGAGAACUCUCAGACCGGACAGAAGCUGAUCGGCAAGCUGUACCUCGUGGACCUGGCAGGCAGUGAAAAAAUUGGUAAAACAGGAGCAGAGGGCACAGUGCUGGAUGAAGCCAAGAUGAUCAACAAGUCGCUGUCUUCACUGGGAAAUGUCAUCUCAGCUCUGGCAGAGGGCUCGGCUUAUGUGCCGUACAGAGACAGUAAGAUGACCCGGAUCCUGCAGGACUCCCUGGGGGGGAACUGUCGAACCACCAUGGUCAUCUGCGCCUCACCCUCUGCCUACAACGACGCUGAGACCAGGUCCACUUUGCUGUUUGGACAGAGGGCAAAUACCAUCAAGAACACAGUGACUCUGAAUGUGGAGCUGACUGCAGAGCAGUGGAAGAAAAAGUGGGAGAAAGAGAAGGAGAAUAACAAGACGCUGAAAAACACCGUCACAUGGCUGGAGAGCGAGCUGACCCGCUGGAGAGGCGGAGAGAGUGUGCCAGUGGAGGAUCAGUUUGAUAAAGAGAAGGCCAAAGCAGAGGUGCAGGCCCUGGACAGCGCGCUCAACAACGACAAGACUGCCCCCACACCGGCCCUCAGCGCCCCCCCCGGGGUCAAACUAACUGACGCUGAGAAAGUGCAGUAUGGGGCAGAAAUGGCCAAGAUGUACAAAGAGAUGGAUGACAAGGACGAUGAGAUCAACCAGCAGUCCCAGGAGUUAGAGAAGCUGAAGGAGCAGAUGUUGGACCAGGAGGAGCUCUUAGCCUCCUCCCAGCUGGAUCACAACACCCUGCAGACUGAACUGAACCGGCUGCUGGCUGAGAACGAAGCCUCCAAGGAGGAGGUGAAGGAGGUGCUGCAGGCUCUGGAGGAGCUCGCCCUCAACUAUGACCAGAAGAGUCGGGAAGUGGAGGACAAAGCGCAGGAGUUUGAGGCUCUCAGUGUGGAGCUUAACGAGAAAUCGAGCUCCCUGGCCUCCAUUGACUCUGAGCUGCAGAAGCUGAAGGAGAUGACCAACCACCAGAAGAAGAGGUUCACUGAGAUGAUGUCAUCAUUACUCAAAGACCUGGCCGAGAUAGGCAUCGCCGUGGGAAGCAACGACAUAAAGCAUCACAAGAGCAGCGGUCUCAUCGAUGAAGAGUUCACCACGGCCCGCCUCUACAUCAGUAAGAUGAAGUCGGAGGUGAAGACGAUGGUGAAGCGCAGCAAACUGCUGGAGAGUUCAAAGGCCGAGAACACCCAGAAGAUGGACGAGACGGAGAGUGAGCUGAUCGCCGGCCAGCUCCGCAUCUCCCAGUAUGAAGCUAAGAUCAAGUCCCUGACAGACAGCCUCCACAAUGUGGAGCAAAAGAAAAGACAACUGGAGGAAACGGUGGACUCUCUCAAUGAGGAAAUAGUUCGGAUCAGAGCCCAAGUUCUUUUGCUUCCAGAGAAAGUCAACACCAUGGAGAAAGAGAACGAGAUCCAGUCUGCCAAUGAAGUCAAGGAAGCUGUGGAGAGGCAGAUCCAGUUUCACAGAGAGACCCAUCAGAAGCAGAUCAGCAGCCUGAGAGACGAGCUGGACAACAAGGACAAACUCAUGACAGAGCUAGAGGAUCUGAACCAGAGGAUCAUGCUGGAGCAGGAGCGGCUGAGGAUGGAGCAUGAGAAGCUGAAGGCUGCUGACCAGGAGAAGAGCCGCCAGCUGCAGGAGCUCACGGUGAUGCAGGACAGGAGGGAGCAGGGCAGAAAUGACCUGAAGGGACUGGAGGACACUGUGGGCCGAGAGCUGCAAACACUCCACAACCUCAGAAGGCUUUUUGUCCAAGACUUGGUCACUCGCGUCAAAAAGAAUGCUCAUGUGGAUGGUGACACAGAAGGCAGCUCUGCGCAUACACAGAAGAUCUCUUUCCUGGAGAACAACCUCGAGCAGCUCACCAAAGCUCACAAGCAGCUGCUACGGGACAACGCAGACCUGCGCGGUGAGCUGCCUAAACUGGAAAAGCGCCUGAGGGCCACCGCUGAGCGGGUGAAAGCCCUGGAGGCGGCGCUGAAGGAGGCCAAAGAGAACGCAGCCCUCGACCGUAAGCGCCACGAGCAGGAGAUGGAGCGCAUUAAGGACACUCCCAAGCCCAAGAACAUGGGCAGGAGAGCCUCCAUAGCCAAGCCCAUUCGACCAGGCCAGCUGCCUGGAGCGUCCCCCCUGAUCCCCGGCCUCAAUAGAUCCAACCUCAUCGGGAACAACAUCAGGGAGGCGGGCGACAGCAGCCCCUGAAGAUGGAGCAGUCACCCAUGUAACAUCUUGAAGCUCCAGACCCAGCUACGUUUUCAUUACAAAGAUAAUGAACUUUCACCUGAAACCACUGCACCACUCUUCCAGCAUCAAAGUGUGUAUAUAAAUAUAUAUAACUGUAUAUAAGAAUUCCAUAAACUGUGUAGACAAGCCUCUACAAUAACCACAUCAGUGCCUCGCAACAUCAACACAUACAUGCAACACGUUUUUCUGUCCUGAUGUUAGAGUAAAAUAUUAGUUUCGGUUUGAGCCCAGUUGUUUUUAACUGUGCUUAUUAUAAACACAAGACACUGUUCUGCCAAUGCUUAAUUGUAAUGUGCAGAUGAUUGUAAUAAUCUUGCAUGGUCAUUCAAUAGUGUAUUCCAUAUUGGUGGCUAAAAAGGAGGCUCCCAUUUAAUUAGAACAGAAAGAGGAAGUGUAUGCAUGAUCCGCCUUUAUUUUAUCAGAUGUUUUAUUCUUUGUCGCAUGCUUGAUACUAUCGCUAAAAGCCCUUAACUCCUCAGCUUCCCAGAGAUGAUUUGACUCGGGAACUGCACUUGUGUUUGGGCUAAUGACAGGAAGAGCACUAUCAGUGGGGAGACACAUUCCUAAUUUAUGCCUGAUAGCUGCAGGCACUUUGUUUAAUUAUGUUUUGUUUUUGAAUCCAUUCAGACUGGAUUUACAUUAGGAAAGUGGAUGAUUGAAACUUACCCUCCUGAAAUACACUAUACAAGUGCAAUGACAUCCUACUACUGUUCAGAUAUUAAAGGUAAAACUUUAAAUACAUAAUGACAUCAUUUAAAAAGUGUUUUGGUUCCUUAAACUUAAGGCACCUUUAAAUGUAUUGCUGAAAAAACCCUUUGCUUAUCAUGCUUUAUUAAAUUACAUUUUUAUUUAGUUAUUUCCAUCAAAAUAAGAUUAUUGGUAUUAAAGGGUUUUCCAAAGAAACACUGCAUGCUAAAGAGAAGAUUACAUUUUCUACACAAUCAUUUUUCAACGACUGCUAUGUUGAUCAAAUGUGUUAAAUGUUUUUUUUUAAAUAAAUGUAAUGCCUUAAAAUGAA